AUGUUGCUGAGGAGUAGUAGGUUUGACAGCUUUCGUCCGCGUGCUCACUACCAGCACAGUAUUGGUGUACUGCAGACAGUUGUUGAGCCAGCUCAGAUCGAUACUGUUGAGCGAUGGCAGUUCUUCGAAGAUGGCGGAUUGGUUUUGAUACCCUCAAAAAACAUGAACGGUACGAAUACCGAGGACCUCAUGGCAACCCACCUGUUGCGUGGUGCCAUCCGCCCGGUCGCCUUACUUGCACCGUACAACAGGCCAGCCCACAAACCGCUCAUAGAACUGAAGCGGUCCAAUCUCAGUACAGUCCGGCAACAGGCACGUCAGUCUUUUAUCCAAAAAAAUACAAAUAGUAUGCCACCGCUCACACCUGCCGCCGUCAAUGGACUAGUAAAGAAGUGA